ACCCGUAUUUUCUUGUGCAAAAUUCUUUCUUCUUCCUCUAUCCAUGCAUAGUUUUCUUGACCACCAAUCAACUAGUUUCACCAUUUUAUAUCAUCUUUACAUUAGUUAAACAAAAUCUUGAACAUGCUUAUUGCCUUUGCCAUAUGAAUGCUAUAUAUAUUGGUUGGUCUUGUCUUGCAGAUUGUUGUAGCACAUAGCAGAUGGUAAUGGCUACUAGGAGGAAGAAAUACUGGAAGCGCAAUACGUACUACUUCAGAUAUCGCCGACGUCUAAUUUUGGAAAUGUAUAGGAAAUACAGCCAACGAUAUAAAGACUAUUUCCGUUACCAAUUAAGGAAAACACUACAUCUUGGAACUCGAAACGAUUUCAUCCGUUUCCAUAUCCCCUCCUAUGGUCGUUUCCCUAAUCUGAAAGUCCUAAACCUCAAGCUCCAUCUUACACUACCCAAUUGCGUGUUUUUGAAUAGGUUAUUUCGUAGCUGUCCAUUGCUUGAAGACUUGUAUAUGGAUAGUACUUGUGUAGAUAAUUUUGACCAAACUUUCAGAUUUUGUAUACCAACUCUGAGGCUUUUGCAGUUGAAAUUGAAUGCUGAUGAGUUUCACAGCUGCAGGCAUAAAGAGUUCAUCUUCAACACCCCAAACCUUGUAUCCCUUUCCAUUACAGGUCCCUCCUUAUCUUGUUUUAGGAUUCAUGAUAUACCCCCCAACCUAAUUCAAGCCAACUUGUCCAUUGGGAAGUCUAGUUACGUCCAUGAUUUUCAAGUUUCCAAGGACGAAGCUAGCCGAGUGAUGGAAGCUCUCAAAGGAGUUAGAAAUGCUGUAGAUCUAACUCUUCCGUUUGGUACUACUUCUGCUCUCAGCUAUUGUUUUGAUGAUGGUGAUGAUUUCCCAACAUUCCCAUAUUUGCGGGACCUUCAGUUGGGUAUCGAUUAUUACUUUGGAUGGAAAUUGUUACCCUACUUCUUGGAAAACUCACCUCUUUUGCGAUGGAUUUCGUUGAAUAGGGAAAGUGAGUCGAAAUAUACUACAGCAAUGGCUGAGGGGAAACAUAAGGAAGCUGAUGAUACAUAUGGUUGGAAACCACCAAAGCAAGUACCAGAGUGUUUAAUGGACAAGCUUAAGGAAAUCGAGGUGAGGAAUCUAUGGAGAAGAAAAGCAGAAGGCGAAGUGGUGAAGUAUUUGCUGGAAAAUGGGAAAACAUUGGCGAAGAUGAAAAUCAGUUUUGAAGAGGAUGGUAUUAGUGAUGAGAUAGAUGAAGCUACAAUUGAAAACUUUCCAAGGGCUUCUGAAAGUAUGAUAUUGAAGAUUUCCGAUUAAUAAAACCUUUUACUUUUGGCUGAGAAAAAAGAAAUUUCUGGGAGUAUAUACUGUAAAAGUGAAACGUGAUGUGAAGGAUAUAUACAUUUUGCUGCUUUUGUUUUGUUGAUAAUUUCCCAUUGUUACAUUUGUGAUUUCAAGGUCUUUGAACCGCGAACCGUGAUAUAUGAAUGUAAAUAGUAGACAGUUUCCUGCACUAAUAAA